AUGUUCGAGGCUCCACAGAUUCGCAUACCGCAGCCUCUCUCUGUCCGAAGCUGGCAGGACGACAAUAUCGAUUCGGUCCGAUCAUCGACGGCUCGAGGUCCGGUCGCACUGCCGCACAGAAGCGAAAGCUCGCCAAUACCGGGAGCACUGCAUUGGCAGCGCGCAGGAACAUGCCUUCAGAGCUCCCGCAUAUGCACUAGGGCGAGAGAUGCCUCUUCGGUCUCUGUCAUUAUGGGCAUGAAAUUAAUGGCCGCUCACCGACAAGUCGUCGGGACAGGUUGUCGGAGUACGAAAUCCUUCGUCGCCAGCCUCGAUGAAUUUUUGCGUCCAACACCCACACGUCAAGUCGUUGGACACAGAGACGGUCUGGCUCUACGAUCUCCCGUUGCCUCGGCUUCUCGAAUCGCAAAUCCACGCUACUCUGCCGCUCUUACACAGCUCGUCCCAGAUCGCUUUGAUCUUACCUCAACGAAUGCGUUCGAAUGCAUGCCAAUGAACGACGACUUGACCACUUUUGCCCUUUACAGCCCCGAGAGCUUAGCCACUGCUGAUUUAGAGCUCUUCUUUGCCACUCAAUAUCUCAACAUCCCCGGGUUUCGACAGGCCGCGUGCCGGCACGAAACGCGCGAAACCUGGCCACUUUCGUUUAGCAAGAUUCUCGCGUGGAUGCCGUCAAUUUCACAGCUCGCGUUAUGUACGAUGCGGACAUCUACAAACAACACAAGGGCUCUACCAAGGAGCCAAGGCUCCGUCUCCCAACGUGGCCACAUCACUUUCGCGUAA